GGUUGCCGCGGUCAGACCGUGCAGAGCAGACAGCACUAACCCAUUUCUGAAACAAGAAGUCUUUUUUUGCACAUGCUGGGGGGGAAAAUGAGCUACCACAACCUAUCUAGGAAUUGAUAUCACAAUUGUGCAGCAUCUUAGGGACGGCACCACAGAGCAGCUGUGUUUACUUGUGGUCCAGCUGGCCCCGCUGCUGCUGCUGCUGCUGCUGCUGCGGUUUCUGCUGCUGCGAUGGAAGUAAACAGAGACGAAGCGGAGCGCUGCAUCGACAUCGCAACUGCGGCGUUAAGCGACAACCAGCCGGAGAAGGCGUUGAGGUUCCUGGAGAAGGCGCAGAGACUCUUCCCGACCGAGAAAGCCAAGUCACUGCUUGAUCUAAUAGCAAAGAAUGGAUUUAGUCCCAGACAAGGCGUCCACUCAGAGUUCCCUGAAGCCUCUGGACCUCGACAGCGACAGAGCGCCGGCAAAGACACCAGACCUGAAGAAAAGCCGUCAGAGGCUUCAAAAUCUUACAUAACGGAUCAACUAGAGGCUGUGAGGAGGAUAAAACAAUGCAAAGACUUCUACGAAAUUCUCGGUGUCCAGAAAGACGCCUCAGAAGACGAUCUCAAGAGAUCAUACAGAAAACUCGCUCUGAAAUUCCACCCUGACAAGAACCACGCUCCAGGUGCAACAGAGGCAUUCAAAGCUAUUGGUAAUGCCUAUGCUGUCUUGAGCAAUGCUAACAAAAGGCGCCAGUAUGAUCAAUGUGGAGAUGAGGGAAGACAUUCUACCAACAACAGCCGGGAGAAUGGAAAUUUUGAGCCAGAUAUUUCACCGGAGGAUCUCUUUAACAUGUUCUUCGGAGGAGGUUACCCAUCAAGUAAUGGUCAUGUAUACACUAAUGGGAGGAUGCGCAACCAAAGGAGGGAGAGAAGAGAGCGACCCAGGGAUGGAGGUCUUGCCCUCUUCGUGCAGGUCAUGCCCAUUCUCAUCCUGGUUAUUGUGUCGGCUAUCAGUCAGAUUAUGGUCAACAAUCCCUCCUACAGCCUCAGCUUCAGGCCGUCGGCAGGGUACUCGCAGAAGAGGCUGACUGAGAACCUGAAGGUGCCAUAUUAUGUGGGGGAGCAGUUCUCCAAAGAGUUCACGGGUGUGAAUCUGAAAAAUCUGGAGCGGACGGUGGAGGAUGAUUAUAUUGCAAACCUACGCAACAACUGCUGGAAAGAGAAACAACAAAAGGAAGGCAUGCUAUAUAGAGCUCGCUAUUUUGGAGACAGUGAACUAUACCAAAGGGCCCAGAGGGCUCGAACUCCAAGCUGUGCUAAACUGUCCGAGAUAACAGCCUCAUUACAUUAAAAGUUUUCUAGAGCCACCACAAAAGAUGACCGGCAUUGAAAAUACAAGCUUUAACAGUCUUGAGGCUUAAGAGAGCUAGAUCUUCACCACGGGCUGGUGGAUGUAACCAUUUCUUUGGAAAAUUUAGUUUGAAAUCAACAUAACACAUUUCAGUACUGUAUAUUGUAAUGAGAUGACGAAAGCCAUUUAAUGUGUCUUGACCUCCUGACAGGAUGUGGGUUUGGGUAGCCUGUGAGCAUCACUUUUGAGUGGGAGCCGUGAAGCUGAAAAAACAUUGCUUCUCCUUUGUGUUUUUCGAAAAAAAUGGUGUGUGUGAAACCAGAAUAUAGUUUAGCUGAUAAACAGUCAUGUUUCUUAUGUAGCACUUUAAGAGAUACCACACUGACGGCUUCCUCCUAGUUUCUAAUGCUGUCGGAUCAGCAAAGAAAACUACUCCGCUGACUCAAAAUGCACAUUCUGACUAUGCAGGAAUAUUGUGAAACCUCUGAUGAAUAUGCUCACUCAUGUCUAGGCUUUUCUUAGACACUUGAACGCCUGAGAUUUGUCCUUUCCUGUUGUGUGUGUGUGAGAUAUAACAAGUAGGAAAUGUCCCUGCCCCCUUUGCUCCUUUUAAUUGUAUGAAGGGGUCGAGUUCUACAGAACAGUGUAACUUUACAACACAUUAGAGACACCGUGAGGCGGAGACACGUGCCUACCCACCAAGUGGGACUACAGCUGGUUGUAGUUUUGGACUGCAGUGUCUCUGUUGCAUCUCAUCUGUCCCAAGUUGACGCUAUACCCUAUUUAUUCUUUAUUUUAUUUAAUAAAUAAAUGAUCAAAGUGAAAAGUU